AAAAACACUGGCAACUUAUAUCAAGGACAUUGGUUCUAGAGUGAGACCAGGUCUGGAGGAGAAGAUGGAUUUUCAGUAUGAAUCUCUGCAGAGCUGCUCCAUGGUGAUCAGGAAGGUGACGGAGGAGGAUGAAGGCUGCUACCGAUGUUUGUUUAACACCUAUCCUAAAGGAGCGCUGAUAGGCAGAACCUGUCUAAAACUUGAUGAGCUGCAUGGACCCUUCAUUACUAUCAGCAGAUCAAACUCUCCUCCAGGGUCGGUUGUGACCUGUUCAGCCACAGGUCGACCUGUUCCCAUGGUAACACUGACUGUUCUCCAUCAGAACCUCAGCUUCUCCCACUACAACACCAGCAGAGUGACCAACACCAACGGUACCGUCACUUCCACCACCACAGCUCUGCUCUCAGCUCUCAACAGCACACAGGUUGAAUGUUCAGUAUUAGUGCAAACUGCUGCUCUCAGAGAGCUGCUGGUCACCGUUCCUGGACUCACAGAGACGUCUGAUGAUGGUUUGGAUGUAGAACCUGGUUCAAAUUACAUUAUUAUUGGAUUGUUUGUGGUGGCUGGAUUAGUGUUGGCGCUCUGUGUUGCUGCUCUCUUCUUUGUGCUGCUCAGAAAACAGGCAGAGAAAAGGAAACAUAAAGAUACAUCAGACAUCAACUCUCAGAAGAAGGACAUGUUGAUAGAUUACAUGUUUAACAGCUGUAAGGAUAAAGAAGAGAAGGAGGAUGCUACAGUACAGACAAGGGAAGACACCAGUGUUUUGGAACCUCUUGUGAUACCCAUGAAAGUAGCAGACAUCGUAUGUCCACCGUAUCUGAAGCGCAACUCCAACAGAGUGCAGCAGUUAGCAGAACAACUAAAAGAAACAUCUGUCUUGAACAACGUUAAACAUGGAAAGAAAACUAACUGACCUAUUACUUGUGGUGGAAGAGAUGAAACAGUCACAUUGAGGUCAAAGGCUGUGGGAAAAGAACUUAUUGUGAAGUGAUGCUCCUUGGUAAGAUGUCCCGGGUUCAUCAGGAAGAGACCCAGAGGAAGAACCAGGACACGAUGGAGGGACGACGUUUCUCAGCUGGCCUCCACAACCUGACCCUAUAGGAAGAUGAUGGAUGAAGUGGAUGAUUUAAAAAACUUUGUAAUAAUUUCAACAUAAGGAUGAUUUUAAUUAAUUAAAUGUCAAUAUGCAUUUCAUUUAAAAUAAAAACAAAUUAUUUUAUGGAGAAUUUUCUUUGUUUUAAUUUCCCUUUUUGCCUUUUUUAGAAAAAGUUAAUUUAUAGUUGUUGACACAUUAUUUAAGUACUGUUUCAUAAUCAUAAAUAAUACAUCUCGUAUUAAUAUAUCAUAGAAUUGCAUAUCAGUUUGUUUUGACGAGGAAGUAGUUAUUCUGCUGAAUUAUGGUAAUAAAUAUUUUGGAAGAAG